CUUCUCCUGUCGCGCCAAGCCCUAAUCGCCGGAUCAGGCGCCACCCCCAUGGAUCCACCAGUCCUCGAACCAAGCUACAUGCGCCUAAAUCCACUGCCACCCAUGUAUCCACCUGUCGGCGGUAGCCUCGCACCAAGAAGCCCACCGCCACCCAUGGAUCCACAAGCCGGUGGUCUCAAUUUUCAAUUCGUCCAUGUUCCCGGCGAUGGGACGAGGGCCAGCCACUUCGCUCCGCGCGGGACCGUUCCGGAUUUCUACGCCAACUACACUCCCCAGCCUCCGCCUCCAGGGACCAGGGCUGGCCACUUCCUUCCGCGCGGGACCGUCCCAGAGUUCUACGCCAACUACACACCCCAGCCUCCGCCGCCAGGGUGUGAGGAGAAGACGCAACAUGUGCCUGGCCCGUCGUACACGUCCUCUAAUCUGAGGCCUCCUAGCAUGCCAACAUCUGCCUCUUACUUGCCCUCUAUUUGUCUGCCACCGUGGCUUUGCCCGCCAAAUUUUCAGUGCCCAGGGGACCUGCUGGGACGCCCCCUUACCCCGUCUCUAGGGCCACCAUUUCUGCACCGGAAACAUCCUGAGUGGGGAAUAGACUUCUACAUCCGGGUCGACCGUGCGGGAUGCUACCACACAUAUCCUCACGUUGGUGGGCCAUUUGAAGGACUACAGGAAGCGGAACAUGCUAUCGAGCGCCAUCUUGAUGACCGUCGGGAUCCAAAAAUGUCUACGAUGGAUAAUGUUUCUGCAGUGGACAUCGCUGUACGACAUUAUCUCUACCUGCCUGAUGGCACAAGGAAGCACUCGGGAAUAUAUGAUAAAAUCAGUGAUAAUCAGCGCCAGUUAGUUCUUGCUUUGGUGGACAAGUAUAACGAUGACAACAGUCUUUUGGAGGAUCUUGCAUAUGAACUAACUAAGGUGGUGUGCUACAAGUCAUUCCGUGAGGCUGAUGUCCGCAUGUGGUACCAUCAUAUAAAUUUCUCUGCAAAGGCUAAAGGAGGGGCUGAUUGCAAGUUCUUCUUCGCUGAAGUCAUAUUUAUGCAAGGAGAAUUGCCGGUUAGCUGUUUGUGCAUGAUUGCACCUACUGAUGAUGGGCACUGCUUUAGUUGUAGAAAUAAUGGCAAUGAUCUGAAGCAUCCUAAAGGUGUUCGAUAUGCUGGUGGUCAUGUGAUGCGCACAUUCAAUCCAUUUGGUGGAUGUAAGGUGCCGCCGGAAGCCUGGGUCCAUGAUUGGGAGGCUGAGGAGGCUAGGUUCAGAAAAACAUUGGAGGGCUUUGAUCUAUCAGGGCCACCACCUAUCUUCCCAGGGAAUGUCGCUAAUGUGUACAUUGGAACCUCAGUGUGGGAAGGAGGGCGCUGGAGAACGGAGGAGGCGGCUAAGGUGGGUGCUGGAGCAGAAUGUUAAUGCCAAGGAGGGAACUUGCUAUUUCCUGUCGAGAUGAAGAUAUCUUGUUAAGUACAGUAGUACGUACUUGAUAAUUUUGUAAAGCAUGUGUGGUAGUAUGAUUUAAGAAAACGUGCCAAUGCUAUAGCUUGACUGUAGCAACUGGUAUUUGCACCGCCUCCAUGAGAAAGCUAAGGAGGGCGACUUGCUAUUUCUCUUGUUGAGAUGAAGAUGUACACUACAUAGUACUCCCUCUAGUGAUCUAAACUCUCUUAUAUUUCUUUACGGAGGGAGUACUUAACUAGCCAUGACCGCGUGUCGGCAUGCCGCGCCCCGAUGUGUAUAUAUGCUAUUUAU